CCCCGGAUACAGGUCGGUCUUGAGAGAUGCUGUUUACAGCCAGUUAGUGUAGUAAUGUAGUUCACACAAUUUAGUCGUCUUUAUCACUAGAAACCCGUGCAAGUGUCGCUGCACAGAUAUUCGGUUAGUAAGGUUUGAGAGGGAAGAUGGUGGCUAUUCUACACAGCUGCGCUGUGCGGGGGGAGAAUGUGGAUGUACAGAGCGUCGACAGGGAAAAUUACAAGGAAACAGCACCCAAGUCUAUGCAUGACAAGGGAGUCCAACUGCAAGGGAUCGUUUGGAGAAAUGUUAUUCUUAUGACCUUCCUUCAUGCUGCGUCCGUAUAUGCCAUCUUCUUGAUACCAACAGCACAACCUCUCACCUGGAUUUGGUCCUAUGUGUGCUUCUUUCUCACGGCCUUGGGAGUGACCGCUGGGGCUCAUCGGUUAUGGAGCCACAGGUCCUACAAGGCAAAGCUGCCCCUCAGGGUCUUCUUGGCUGCUAUAAACUCCAUGGCCUUCCAGAAUGACAUUUUCGAAUGGUCGCGGGAUCACAGGGUGCAUCACAAGUACUCAGAGACGGAUGCCGAUCCCCACAAUGCCAAACGGGGGUUCUUUUUCGCUCACGUUGGCUGGCUGUUCGUCAGGAAGCACAGAGACGUCAUCGAAAAAGGCCGAAAGCUGGACGUCAGUGACCUUUUGGCAGACCCCGUGGUGAUGUUUCAGAGGAGACAUUAUUUAAUGUCAGUCCUUGUGAUGUGUUUCUUGGGGCCCACCCUGGUGCCGUGGUACUUCUGGGGAGAGAGCCUGUGGAACGCUUACUUCCUGGCUAGCAUUCUGCGCUACACAGUCUCCCUCAACAUCACCUGGCUAGUGAACAGCGCUGCACACAUGUAUGGAAACCGGCCCUAUGAUGUGAAUAUAAACCCCCGCGAAAAUGGCUUUGUCACGUUUGGAGCCAUUGGAGAGGGUUUCCAUAACUUCCACCACACCUUCCCCUUUGACUACUCCGCCAGUGAGUUCGGACUGCGUUUCAACCCCACCACCUGCUUCAUAGACCUGAUGUGCUUUCUCGGCUUGGCCAGUGACUGCAAGAAGGCUUCAGCACAGAUGGUCCGGGCCCGCAAAUGCAGGACGGGAGAUGGAAGGCCUGAAGACCCGCUCACUCAUGAAUGAAAAUGAGGGCCAUCAUACACUUAUGUAGGGGCUGCAGACUCUCUUCACACAUGCAAGGGCUUGUGUAUAUAAAGCAGAAGUCCUGCCAAAUAUUUGCUCCAACCAUUUACUAAAUCAGGUAGAUCAGCUAGUUAGUGAAAUUCCCUGCGUUAAAGGUACACUAUGCAGGUUUAGGUAUUUUUGGCGACUGUAGAGCUCCCUCCAGAACUGCAGUUCUUGAAGUUGAAUGAAUGGUUUUCUCGGUAGCGAACCGCUAUAUCUAUGCUGUAUAGCUAAUCUAUGUGAACAAUGUGCCUAUUACAAUUUACCAUCAAAUUGGCUUCGUAAGGGUGAAGAUCUUGCAUAGUGUACCUCUAAGUGAAUAGGCAGAACAAAUACAUGGUAGGACUUUUACUUUCUGAAGCCGGAUAUUUACACUUCUGAUUUUCAGUGUGUUUAUCCUUUUGUUCUUCAACUUUUUUGUGUCAGUUUCAUUGUGUCACAGUCAAGGCUGUAUGGAACAUUGCUUUAAUUGAAUCACACAGUUGACCAUGAUUCUAUUUAUUGACUAAAGAUUAUGUUUAUCUUUUAUCUAUUGACAAAGGAGAAGGGUUAAGUAAGUUAAUUGUGCCUCUCUGAAGUCUUCACAGAUGGGUUCAUCAAGAACGUUCAAAAGAAAUGUAUGGAUAGUGUAUAGGCUAUAAUGUAGCAGAGCAUUACAGAGACGGAAGCUGUAGGCCAGAUAAAAUACGGGAUCAUAAGAUACAUUUCACCAAAGUGUACAAUGUGGAUUUAGAGACGAUAGGGAGAAGUAGCCUCAAGUUUGUUUCCUGGUUUAUAGUGCUGGUUUGCCAUAGAUUUAACAAUAGUUGAAAAAACAUGCUGUAUGUUUACAUAAGUGUAAAAUCUAAAUUUAUUGGACUGCUAUGGAGGGAUUUUUAGAUAUCAACAGUUAUUUGAAAUUGUAUUUGGAUUUCAUUUGAUUAAUCUCAUUCGAUAAGAUGAAAGCAACUUUGAGGAAGACUCCUACAAAGGUCAAAGGUCAAAACAAGAUGAAUAUGUUACCCUACUUAAUCUCACCAUAGGGUGACAGACUUGCCUUAGUACCUAUUUGAAUGUACUGCCCAUUAUUGGUCAUGACUGAUUUCAAGUGUUUGACCACUAAACAAUCAACUGUUCGUAUUGUUGAGUAUUGAUGUGUUUUGAUAUUUCCUGUGUGAUAUACCCUGUAUGGGUGGGGGUGAUGAGAAGUAUAUCAUGGUUGUAUGGAUAAGUGUGAAGGCUUUUACACAUUUACAAUUCCCAAAGUUCACAAUGACUCGAUUGAGGAAUGUAUGGUUAUUUGACUUCUUUACCUACAGAGGUCAAGAUUUCUACCUCCCUCUGACAUACAGAAAAGUCUAUAUUGGCGACUCAGGGUUAUUGGUUUCGUUAAGGUUGCAGUUUAACCACUCUGCCAAUGGAGGAUAAAUUAGAUGCUUUUCAUUUGUCUCAGUUUAUUCAAUGAGACAAUAGCCUCCUUCUGCUUGCACAAGACAACACGUGUUUGGUACAUUUACUUACAGUUUGAUAUAAAGCCUAUACAUUGUCUAUGUCUAACUACAUCUACCGUAUUGUGAUAUUUGUGUACCGUAGUGAGAGCUAUAUCAUACAAUGGUAACAUCAAUAGAAAAAUGUGUGUGUCAAUAAGAACUUUUGUCAUAUUGUUGUAGCCAUUUAACAAUAUAGUUGUAACCACUUAUCUCGAGGAAACCUUUGUUGAGUCAGGGUAAUAGAUGCCAUCUUAAUACAAACUGUUAAAGGACUCAAGUCUUUGAUAUUAUAGGAAUUAUUCCUUCUCUGCAGAGCAUUCAGCAGCAUUGACAUAGCUCAUUAUGUACAUGUUACAGUGACUACUUUUUUUGUAAUUUUAAUAAAUGUGUAAUGAGCUUUACAUGUAUUACAGAUUGUAUUGAUCAGAACUCCUAAAUACA